UGGAGUCAGUUGAACAACCUGAACCAUGGCGACAACCAGACUUGACAAUACUUUUGUCCCUGUAGAAGUAGUUAGCAACUGUCAAUCAAACUCUAGGCCUCGAAUACGGAGGGUUCCAUGCAUAUUGCGUGGGAUCGAAAAAAACAAAAGAUGUUAUGAACCAAUAGUGGUCUCAAUUGGUCCUUUCCACCAUGGGAAACCUGAAUUCCAAUUUCUGGAGCAGCUCAAGAUUGAACUGGAGCAGCAGUUCAUUUCCGAUAUGGGCUGUGAUCUGUUCCCAAACUUUGAUGAGGUAGCUAUGAGAGCAAAGGACUGCUAUGAUUGGAGAACUCUCACUGAGCUCCCAAAUGAUGUUUUCAAGCGCAUGAUGUUCCGAGAUGGUUGUUUCAUUCUCCAUUUCAUUCACUGCAUGGUGGAAAACAGGGCCAUUGGUACCAAGAUGAAAACUGAUCAAAGGGUUUUUGUAUUAAGGGACUUGUUCUUGCUGGAGAACCAAUUGCCCUUCAUAGUUCUCAAGGAACUGAUGAGCUUGAAAUUUGGUGAAAUCAAAUCAAAAGAACUGAUUGCCAAUUUCAUCCGUAAUCAAACAGUGAUGCCCAGCAAUCCUCAAUCGCAGCAAGACAGUACUCAACCCCUUCAUCUCCUCGACCUACUUCAGAAAGAAUUAAUCCGUGCUACCAGAGAUGGCGGCGACACCACAGCCAUGGAACUGGAUGACUGGUAUUCAUUUCGUGCAAUCACCGAGCUUAGAGAAUCGGGUAUUGAGUGCAAGAGAAGCAAUUCUUGUAGCCUAAAGGAUAUCAGUUUCAAAAGUGGCAUCAUCAAGGGAUAUCUGUUACUUCCUCCUAUUGUCAUUGAUGACUCAACUCAGACCAAGUUGUUAAACAUGGUAGCUUAUGAAACAUGCCCUGAUACUCCCGACGACUUCACUGUUACCUCUUACAUCUGUUUCCUGGAUUCUCUCAUUGAUAGCGCCGAGGAUGUGAAAGAGCUGAGAUCAAAACGAAUACUUCUCAAUGUACUUGGCAGUGACCAGCAAGUAGCUGAUCUCUUUAACGACUUGACAAUCGACUUGGUGCCUCACCCUGAGCUUUAUCGAAGUGUCAAGAGUGGAAUUGAGAAGCAUUACAGGAGCUAUUUAAGGAUUUGGAUGGUUAAUCUGUGCAAAAUAUAUUUCGGUAACCCAUGGUCUGUCAUAGCCUUUGUUGCUGCUGCAAUGGCUCUCCUGCUUACUACGGUUCAAACGUAUUACACCAUCUUCCCUAGAAAGUAGCUCUAAUUCAUCCUCUGCUUACUUUUCUAGGCCCAAAGAUGAAAUUUGGACCAUAUUUACCUAUAUUAUUCAGGUUUGUUGAUCAUGUUCUAUGUACUUCUUGGAUAAUUUAUUUUUCAUAUUCAUCAUUUAUUGUAUUGAUUCUGUUCCUAUCUGGGUUUGGUUUGAGAGUAAAUGGUAGGAAGGAGGGCAUAUAUGAAGCAUGUGAGAGAUGAGUUUUGAAGAUUGAGGUUUGAUCCUUGUGGAUCAGGUUCUAUUCAUUGUUCAGAUUGUUCAGACCUACUUGGGUGGCUUUCCAAUAUCCUUGAG